CAUACCUUAGACCCAUGGGGUGCCUCUCUUUUAUAGCCAACACAAUCCUAGUCCCAAUAGGAGCCUAACUCUAAUGGACUUAGGAUUACUGCUAAUCUUGGACUUCCAGUAGGAUAAGGAUAAAUGCUCCAAAACUGAAGUCGUCUCCCAUUCUAAGACUCUUGUCUCUUAUCCGCUUAUUUCGGAUUCCGGUAUUCUCUCAGAUAACCUCGACCUAACAGAGAUUACCUCGGCGUCAUGACCAGGACACGUGGUACCUCGGCUGGUAUUUCGGUGACACCUCGGUUACGUGUUGUCAUUCAAAAAUUAUGUCCCCACAAGAAGGAUAAAUGGUGAACCCAAGCUUUGACUUCUCUAUAUAUAUAUAUAUAUCUUCUCUUUCACCGUGACCACCAUCAUCACCACCAUUGCCUAGCUUCGUCAAAACCAAGAACCACCCUUUACAAAAUGCUAUAGAUGAAGCAACAGAAGAGAGUGGAUGAUGGAAAAGAAAUAAAUAGAUUUGGAGAUGUUUCUUUAAAAUGUGUAACGUUAGUUUUGGACAACUUUCGGUAUGCUGAAACCACCCAUUUUCAGGAAGAAGUGAGAAAACGAGGUAGCGUAGGAUGAAGUAUAAAGCAAUGUGAGGAGAUUGAUGAAAGAACGGGAUAAAACCGUUAAGAAUCGCGAAAGUUAUGGAGUCCGAAAGAUAGGCCGAAGAAAUGUCGAAAACGGGAAGAAAAAGUGGGUUUGGUUGGUAUGAAUACCAUCAAUGCUAUUUCAAAAAUUUAAAUGUUUACACAUAUUUAUUAUUUGAUUUCAUGGGUUGGGUUUGUUACUAAUUUGAAUUAUAAGAAGAAAAGUGGGCUUGGAUAAUUUUUAGAGAGAAAAGUUGUGGCGGUGAUUUUGAGUGGUGGUUUAGCAUGGAAUAAGAAGUUGGUUGUGAUUUUGCAUGGAAUAUGAUAGUGGUGAUGUUGGUUGGUUGUAAUUUUGCAUGAAAGGUGAUGGUGGUGAGAUAAGAGGGGAAAUAAAAGGUAAUUGUGGUGGUUUUGCAUGGAAUGUAAUGGGGUUGUAUAUUUAUAUAAUGAGAGAGAGAGAGAGAACUUGAGGUAAAUGAAACAAACAAAAGGAUAUUAAUGCUUGAGGUAAAUGAAACCCAUACUCAAACACCGAAUUUCAUUUGGGGAUAAAGAUGUUAAUGUUUCAUAAGGGUGUUUUGGUCAUUUGCCAUAUGUUUCUGGGCGGGAAAAACUGUUCCACUCACCAUUCAUGCUCGUGCAGCACACGUUCUGUUUAAACAAACAGUUUUGUCAAAAAUUGUACUUUGGUAUGAAGUAUAUGGGGUUUAAGUGUUACAAAUGAAACUAUAGGGGGACUCCGUAUUUUUUAGGCAAACCACAAGGGGUUAAAUUAUAAUUUACCCUUAUUUUUUUAAAAAGUUAUUGUUGUUGUUGAUUACUAUUAUUGUUGUUGUUGUGACAGAUUUGGAUAUGUAGAGAUCUCAUAUCAGAUCUUUAUUUUUUUAUUUUUAGUUGUUGAUUAUUGUUGUUGUUGUUGAUGAUAAAGAAACAAAUUGCAACAGAUAAUCAAAUUUGGUCAGAUGUUUGAAUAGAUAAGGGAACAAAAAAUUAAAUAGAUAAUUAAAAAAUUUGAACAGAUAAUAAAUUUGGACAGAUAAAUUUUUAUACCGGCAAAUAUUUAAACAGAUAAGACAAAUUUGAAUUGAAAAGAUUAAAAAAUUAAACAGAUAAGGUAAAAAAGUAAACAGAUAAUAAAAAAUUUAAAGGGAUAGGUAAAAUUUUAAACAGAUAGAAAAAUUUUUUAACAGAUAGUCAACAAAUAUCCAUAGAUAAGAAAAAAGUAACAGAUAAAUUAGAGGUAAAAUUAAACACAAAAUAUCAUUCAAAAUAAACAACCAAACUAUUUCAUAAAAGAUGGAAUUGUUACUGACCAAAAAAAAAAAAUCCACUAAAUAUAAUGCACUAAGCCUAAUGCUUUAUACUUGUUUUGAGCAACAAUCAUAAUGAAUAGUUCUAAUUUUAGAGUUAUUAAGAGAGCUGUAAGAAUGUGGCACCCAAAAAAAAAAAUAGGCACACACGUCACAUUAUACGUGAGCCUCGUUCUGUACCAUAUCACUCUAACUCUUUUCAACAAUUAUCUUUUGAGUAGUUUUCUAAAAAAAACAAAAUCAUAGCAGAGUUGGUUAUACCGUUACAGACAGCCGCAAUCGCGAAUCAAAAAUUGGCGCUAACACUCUCAUUCCGAAGAUUCCAAAACAGAGGACUUGUUUGGUACGCCUCUCUCUCUCUCUCUCUCUCUCUCUCGAUACCUUUUUGUUACAGCAAAUAUACAGAAGACGACGACAAAAAACGAAUAAUCGACAUCGACAAUGUCGACGUUGGUCCUGGAAAUUACAGGAUACGGACAUCCAAUUUUCCAUUGUUGUGUAUUCUUCGCUGGUGCUAGGCCUAUGCCUCCUCCUCUGCACCAAUCACCAUCGUUGUCUUCACCUAUGCUCUCGCUUCGUACCCAUCGCUUUCCUAAAUAUAAGCAUCUCUUCACCCAACCCUCCUAUUCCAUCGCAUAUCCCCUCUCAAUUCCCUUAGUUUUCUUCAUCAUUCAAGGCCUAGAUCAAUCGAAUCUCGAAACCCAUCUUCCAAAAUCAUAAAAAAUAUUUCUUUGUUGUUCAUUCCAUUAGUGGAAAAAAUGUUAUGAUUGGAUUUUCUGAUGCCCAUAAAGUGUUUGAUUUAAUUCCCAAACUAGACUGCCCCGUUCUGUUUACUGACUUCGUGAGGAUUAAUAAUGGAGAAGCCUUUGCGGUCCAGCAGAGCAUCUCAGACUCAAUCCUCGGGUACUAGGCAGAGGCGGAGCGGUUACGAGCCGUCAGACACGGAAACCGAAUGGCUUGAAACUCCCUGGCAUGAUCUCAAUCCGUUGAAUGGAAAUUUGGGUUCUGAAGUGCGUAAUUUGACUUCAGAUCAAGGAAGAAACAAAAGUCCUUACAAAAUCAGCCGAAGACACUCCGCCAGGUUCCUAGAUGAAGUUCCUUCUCUAAAUAAACCUUCAAAACACAGUCCAGUUCGAAGGAGGCAUAGCAAGUCCCCCUACAAACCGCGCAAAGAUGAUGGUACUGCUCUCUCACCUACACCAGUUUCUCAUCUCCAUAGGAAUGUUAGCCCUAUUUCGCCUAGACCUGUUUCAGAUUCUCGAAAAAAUGUUGGUCCCUUUGCGAAUCCCGAGAUUCACAGGCAUAUUUCUCCUUAUAAACCUGCAAGAGAGGACCUUGAUUUGGUCAACACCAAGACAGUGAACUCGAAUAGGAAGCAAAAUUACCGACAGAUUAAUAAAAAUGUUGGUGCUGAGGAAAGAGGGGGGGUUUAUCAAGUUAAUGAAACAAGUAGGAUGAGUGAGAAAUCCAUUCAUAGCCGUAGAUCAGUGACUGCUCCAAGAACCAGAAUAAGAGAAAUGGACCAACAGAUUAGAUAUGGUCAAACAGAGCAAAAUGGGGAUACGAUACCCUCCUCGUUGCCGAGGAAUAUGCCGCGGAAAGAGAGGGAAGGUUCUCAUAAAAAUACUCCUUCGGUUGGUGAACUCAAUGAAAUGGUUGCCAAUGUGAAGAUUUCUAGAGCUCCAGGAGCCGGUGAUCCAAACUUCCAAAGCACGGAUUCCAUUUCACCAGGUGAUAUUUUCUUUUCUCACGACUAUGGAGACUUGGCAAAGACAAUGCAGAAUAUAAUAUUUCCGAAGAACGGUGGCAUUGAAGGCAGAUUUAGCCCAAUGCCUCAAAAGUUUGCUGGAAGGGAUUCUGCUCCUCAUCAACGAAGCAAACCAAAUAGCAAUUUUGGUAUUAGCUACCAGGGGAAUUCAUCGAGUACUGUUUUAACGCAAACGACUAUGACCAACGGUUCUGCUAUGAGCAGGCAGAGUAGUAAUAAGAUUAGCACCAAUAGUAGUAAAGUAAGUGCCAUUAGCGGGAGGACAAACGGAAGCGUUGGAAAAUUUGUAGCCAACAGAAGGAAGAGCCAGACAGAAGCAUGGUUUUCGUGCAUAAAGAAGGGGCCUUGCAGGACCACAAAAUCGCCUGAAAAAACUAGAGAAUUCGAUGAGGCUUCUUACAUUGAGAAAGCAUUUGUGGUUGAAAGCCUGAGACAGUUCUGGGCCGAUAAGCAUCAGCCUGCUUCACUUAAUGGAUUCAUUUGCCACAAACAAGAAGUUCAAGUACUCAAGCAACUUGUAUCUCAUGAAAUCUGUCCACACAUUCUGCUCAAAGGACCUCCUGGCUCUGGUAAAAAAGCACUAACAAUGGCUCUUCUGCAUGAAAUCUAUGGAGACCCUGCUUGGAAUAUAUCUCAUGAUUUAAGAUACUUCCAUAUUCAGGAAUCAAGACCGGUGCAAGUAAUCGUUCCUGUAACCUCCAGUGCUCACCAUGUGGAGCUGAAUGUAUACUUGGAACCUAAUGCUAGAUAUGCACUAAUGGCUUUGGUAAAACAAAUAAGCAGCAUUUAUACUAUUGCCCCUGAAAUCAGCACUGUGAAUUUCAAAACAGAUUAUAAAGUUAUGGUUCUUUAUGACGUUGACAAAGCUUCUGAGAACAUUCAGCACUUGAUAAAAUGGAUCAUGGACUGUUACACAGAUUCUUGUAAACUCGUACUCUGCUGUGAAGAUGAUGUGGACAUUCUUGAACAUGUUAAAAAUUGCUGCAAAGUUAUUGAGGUUGAUGCUCCUGUGACUCAUGAAAUCAUGGAGGUUCUUAUUCAGAUAGCAAGGAAGGAAGACUUUGAUCUACCAAUGAGUUUUGCUGCUAAGAUUGCUACAAAGUCGAAGCAAAACCUUAGGAAAGCAAUUAUGGCUCUUGAAGCAUGCAAAGCACACAACUAUCCUUUUGUUGACGACCAACCAAUUCCACUGGGUUGGGAAGAGGUCCUAGAUGAACUUGCUGCCGAAAUUCUUUCUGAUCCAUCACAUAAGAGAUUAUUUUAUAUACGGGGAAAGUUUCAAAAGCUUCUUGUGGAUUUUGUUCACCCCAAGCUGAUUCUGCAGAAGCUCGUUGAACAGUUUCUUAAGGGAGUUGACGCUGGUUUGAAAAGAGAACUUUAUUAUUGGCAUGGUUAUUAUGAUAAGAGACUCCCAGUGGGAACAAGCGCCUUGCUAAAAUUAGAAGAAUUUGUUGCCAAGUUCAUGGGCCUGCAUAGAAAGAGUUCCAGCAAACCACAGUACUACUCAUAGUUUGCAAAGAUAUAUCCGGUUGAAGAUAGCAGUGAGUUUCGUUCAUGAAAAUGUCACUAUGGCUGUUGUUUGAUAUUAAAAAGAACUCAAAAAGGAAUGAUAUGCUAUCAUAUUAUUUGCCCAAGUCUGCCGUUGAACAGUUUGGUAGAAGAAAUUAUGGAAAAUACAAAACUGUGAAGUGCUUUACUCUGUUAAAGUUCCCCCAUUGUACAGCAGCAGAAAUGCCUCAACAAGAAGAAUGCCAGCUUUCCAACCCUUUUUUUUUUUUACCUGCCAUCAACUACUUGUACUACAUUAGUUAGUCCCAAUCUGGUGUAACCCAUGUUGGAUCCAAUGCGUGCUAAGACUCUCUGUUAAUCUCAACCUUUUGAGUACAUUAUUUGUGUUCAAAGUUUCACACCCUCUCAAAUAAAACACCAACCUGCUAUACU